CCCAUCUGACCAAUACCUCAGUGAACUUUGGUGAAGCUUCGUCCGUCCACCUCACCUCCACCAUUGUCCAACAUACGCACAGCUUGCCUUGACAGGCGGUUCCAAUUCCCAUGUACUAGGAGAAGUAAGCCAAUAAGCCGAGCGUCAAUUUAAACACGGACCGCGACCAAAAUGGACGAAAUUAUAACGAAGCGACUACACGUCUCCGGGCUCACUCCCGCCAUAACUCCUGAUGAUCUCGCAAAACGCCUGGGCAGUUUCGGCACGAUCAAGGCUAUGGACGGUUUUGGCUCUAUGGAUGCUGUUGGCCAGCCGCGUAAAUUUGGCUAUAUCACACUGGAGGCGACCAAGAAGAACUUGGGUCGGUGUAUGAAUCUGCUCAGCGGAGCGACCUGGAAGGGCGCGAAGCUACGUCUUGGCGAGGCGAGGCCUGAUUAUCGCGAGAGAAUAGCACAGGAACACGAAGCUGUGAAGCGCGCUGCGUCGGAGGCGGCGGGUGACCGCCCGAGGAAGCGGCAGCGGCUCCCUCGAGGCGUGCAGGGCGUGCACGCUGCGGACAUGUCCCUCGUCACUCCCGAGAACGUUGCCAGUCGCGCGGGGUGGCGAGUUACGCCCCUUGGCCGCCUCAUCCGCCCGAUACGCGUGCGGCCGGAUCACCCUCUGCCAGAUCCUCAGGAAAUCUCCGCGACGGGGAAGGGCAAAGCAGCGGAGAAAGCGGGAGGCAGAAAAAAGAAGAGGGUCAAGGAGCCGCCGACGCGGGCGCAGAGACGGAGGAUUGACCCUACGAUUUGGGGGUCAGAACAUCUGAAGGGCAUGUUUUUAGAGGACGCUGUUGUUGCGAGCGCUCCUAUAAACAUACCCGCUGCAAUAGUCGAAGGGAGCAUAUCGGACGAGAGCACGUCGGACGAAAGCGAAGAUGCGGCAUCGGACAGCGGUGCCUCUGAAAGCGAUGACUCGUCUAGUGCAGAGCAAGAUGCGACGACCGAUGGGCACCUAAAUACGACGUCUGGCGAGACUAAAACCUCACGGCGUGUAUCGCCAGCUCUGCGUACCCCUGAGCCGGCCAUACGCAUUCGCACUGGAUCGCAAGACCAUACACAAAACGACUUGAGAGAAGAGACGCAGAAGUCACUUGGCUUACUACAGGCGUUGUUUGGCGAAGGCGACGACGAUUGGGGUGACAAGGAAAGUGUAGGGUCAAUAAUUGAAGAAGACGAUCGCACACAGCGAACAGCAAACGCUGCCGUUGAAGAUCUCGCAGAGCAAGGUCAGGAGGAAGACGCGGUAGACGAAGAAAGUGUGGAGGAUGUCAUUGCGCAUGCAGAACAACCUGUGCCGGGACCCUCGAGCAAAGCGAGUGCACCUGUCCAAGUCACUAAACUUAAAGACCUCUUUGCACCCAGGGAAGAAGACGUUGGCUUCUCGUUGCUCGGACACCUCGACCUUGAUCUUGAGCUGGACGAUGAAGUCGAUUUGCACUUGCCCAGUCAACCUCAGGCUCAGUCUGAGCCUGCCGCGCUACCACUGCCAACUGCAAUACCCUCGCUACCUUCAUUCGACCCGAAGGCGCCACUUUUCUUCCCUCUACCCGCAGAGGAGCGCAAUCGCGGCCGCGUAUACGAUGUGCUCGACCCAACAAAUUGGCGGACAUGGUUCUAUCGUACCGACUCCGAGGAGGAAGUACAGAAGCGAUGGGAAGAGGCGAAGGGCGAAUUGACGAGUGGGUGGAAGAGACGGCAUAGGGAAGCAGUGAAGAGCAGGCGGCGGAGAGGUGGAGGACCUGGAGACGCAGAGCUUUGAAUGACCUUCAUACCGUUUCUGUCCAGCCCCGUCGAUGCAUUCAGUUCGGUGCACUCGCGCUCCGCCACAUCGUCCGACCUUGCAGUACUGUCGAUUGUCACUAAGUAUAGCUGUUAUGGAAUGCUCCCGGCGCAGACCGGGAUAAGUAUGA